AUGGAGGAUAGCUUGCCAUGUCCAGCUGCAGAAGGCAGUAGCAAUCCAGAUUCAAGUGUUAGGAAGAUGUUUAGCUCCUCAGGGCCAGACACAGAAGGCACUGUUGAUCCAGCUUCCAGUAUCAAUGUCGAAUUCACCACCACAACACCAGAUGCUGAAGGUAAUAGCAAUCCAGCUUUGAAUAUCUCAAUACAUGGUCUACAUAAGUGUUCCAUGAUGGAAAGUAAAUCAGGAUUGGAAAGCAGAACAGCUAAAAGGUUGGGUUUGCCAAAAUCUCCUGCCAAUACCUUGCAACAGAAGGCUACUGCUCAAGGUGGUCCUAAGAAAAGGGAUUUGGAUUUGCAUCGAAUGAUUUUUAAGGAACAUGGUCUACCAGAGGGAUCUAAAUUAGCAUACCGUGUGAAGGGAAAGGAUGUGCUUAUAGGUUACAAAUCUGGAAAUGGUAUAAUGUGUAGUUGCUGUGACACUAACGUUAGCCCUUCGCAAUUUGAAGCUCAUGCUGGAUUGGCAGUGCGGCGCCAGCCCUAUCAUCACAUAUAUACUUCUGAUGGCUUGUCACUUCAUGAAGUAUCAAUAUCUCUGAUAAAUGAUCAAAACUCAACUGCAAAAUGCUUUUGCUUGAAGUUACAAUGUGAACCUGAUGGCGAAUGGGAUUGCCCCUAUUGCACAGAUAAUGUCAAGUCUAAAUUAGCUCCCAGUAAAGGAUGCUCAAGUGCUGUGAGACCAGUUGACCUUCGCUUGAGACGAAUGGCUCUUUCACCAAUCCGGAAUUCGAUGCAAACUCAUGUGUUUUCUGUGGUCAAGAAUGGCUCUUUCACCAAUCCGGAAUUCGAUGCAAACUCAUGUGUUUUCUGUGGUCAAUGUGACAGGCUGUAUCAUUUUAGUUGUUUAGAGGAUCCUGGAUCCUGUGAAGUAAAGGAAGUCUGGGAUUGCAAGUGGUUUUGUUGCAGAGAUUGUGGGACAGUUCAUGCUGCUUUACAAGACUUGGUUAAUAAUGGACCAAACAUUAUUCCUGAGUCAUUAAUGAGUAUAUUGAAAAGGAACCCUGAGGAGAGAAACCUACCCAACGAUGCUGAAGCUGAUGUUCAGUGGCGACUAAUAAGAGGAACAGAUUAUGAAGAGAUAAAUUCGGAGGAUAAAGUUUUACUUUGGAAGGCAAAACUAUUUCUUGAAGAUUCAUUUCAGCCCAUAGAAUGUUGUGGUCGUAAUUUAAUAGGUGCUAUGGUUCAUGGUUUAGAGGUGCCUGGGCUAGAUUGCCGUGGAAUGUAUUGUGUGGUGAUAACUGAAAAAGCAGAUCCUGCAUCAGGAGAUUUUAGCAAAUAUAAUCUUCGGCCAUUAGAUCUUGCAUCAGCUGGAGUUCUUAGGAUAUUUGGUACGAAGGUUGCGGAACUUCCUUUGGCUGUUACUUACAAGGGAUAUCGAGGAAAGGGUUACUUUCGGACUCUUCUUUUAUUAAUUGAGAGGUUACUGAGUCGCUUGAAGGUGGAAUUCCUCGUAGUUUCUGUUGAUGAAGACGUGCGGUCAAUAUGGAUAAAUAAGCUUGGAUUUGCAGAAGUAACAAAGGAGCGGUUGCAGGCAUAUGUAGAGCACCCCAUAGUGAUGUUUGAGAAUACAAUCGUGUUGGGAAAGGCAAUACCUCCUUCCUUGGCUGAAGAAAGUUGAAAGAGUGUGCAUUAAUUCCCGUUUCUUCCUUAUCUCCAACUUCGGGUAAUGUUUUCUGCUGCUUGUGUUUUAUGCUGCUUGUGUUGGAUGUAUGAGCGAAGAUUAACAAAGAUUAGAAAGAUGUCAGAACAGAAUAAUGCUACAGGAAGAAA